AUGUUUGUAGUACUGGUGCUUCUUCUUUUGCCUCAAUUCAUCUGCAACAAAGCAGUAGCUCAGAGUGAAGAAGGAGAGUUCGGCUUCAAUGGUUACUUGUACGACAGCUAUGGAACUGCCAAUCUUGAUUCCAACGGAUUAGUGAAGCUAUCAAAUACUUCCGUACAAAAGACUGGUCAAGUUUUCUACAACAACCCAGUUCGGUUCAAGGACUCACCAAACGGAACCGUUUCGUCCUUCUCCACUACAUUUGUUCUCAGUGGCCAUGGAAUUGCUUUUGCCAUCUGUCCUACCAAAGGCUUGCCCUAUGCUACGGCCUCACAAUACCUGGGGCUCUUUAAUAUCACAAACAAUGGAAAUUCCUCAAAUCAUGUCGUAGCAGUUGAGUUUGAUACGAUCCGAAGCACUGAGUUUGACGACAUGGAUGAUAACCAUGUUGGUAUCGACAUCAAUAGCUUGAAUUCAGAGAAAGCUUCUACCGCAGGUUACUACGAAGACGAUGGUACUUUCAAGAAAAUCAUUCUUAUAAAUCGAAAACCGAUACAAGCCUGGGUCGAAUAUGAUUCCUCAAGCAAGCAACUGAAUGUCACACUACACCCUCUUCAUGUCCCUAAGCCGAAGAUUCCACUGCUUUCUCUAACCAAAGAUUUGUCGUCAGUUCUCCACGAGUUGAUGUACGUUGGCUUCACUUCAUCCACGGGCUCUGUUCUUUCAGCUCACUAUAUUCUUGCUUGGACCUUCAAGGUCAAUGGGAGAGCUGCAAACAUAGAUCCAUCUCGUCUUCCAAAACUUCCUAGUCUCUAUCAAGAAGACUCUAGGACUCGGACUAGUCUGAAAAAGAUCUUGGCUAUCGGUUUGAGUUUAACCGGCCUCGUAAUCCUCAUCUUCUUGACCAUAAGUUAUAUGCUUUUCUUGAAAAGGAAGAAGUUAAUGGAAGUUCUUGAAGACUGGGAGGUUCAGUUUGGUCCACACAGGUUCGCUUACAAGGAUCUCUACACUGCCACAAAGGGUUUCAAGAACAGUGAGCUUCUUGGUAAAGGAGGGUUUGGAAAAGUCUACAAAGGUACAUUACUGACGUCAAACAUGGACAUCGCGGUGAAGAAAGUUUCUCAUGAUUCGAGACAAGGAAUGAGAGAGUUCAUCGCUGAGAUCGCGACUAUUGGGCGUCUCAGACAUCCUAACUUAGUUCGGCUUCUUGGUUACUGCAGGCGCAAAGGCGAACUCUAUCUGGUCUACGAUUGUAUGCCUAAAGGCAGUCUUGAUAAGUUUCUCUACCAUCAACCGGAACAGAGUCUUGACUGGCCACAAAGAUUCAAGAUCAUCAAAGAUGUAGCUUCUGGUCUCUGCUAUUUACACCAGCAAUGGGUUCAAGUCAUCAUCCACAGGGACAUUAAGCCAGCAAACAUUCUUCUUGAUGAAUCUAUGAACGCAAAGCUCGGUGAUUUUGGUCUUGCGAAGCUCUGUGAUCACGGGUUUGACCCGCAAACCUCUAACGUGGCUGGCACGUUUGGGUACAUCUCACCGGAGCUCUCGAGAACAGGAAAGGCAAGCACGAGCUCUGAUGUAUUCGCGUUCGGAGUAUUCAUGUUAGAAAUUACUUGCGGGCGAAGACCCGUCUUGCCACGAGCAUCUUUGCCGAGCCAGAUGGUACUUACGGAUUGGGUGCUAGAUUGUUGGGAAGAUGACAUAUUGCAAGUGGUUGAUGAGAAGGUUAAGCAUGAUGAUGAGCGUCUCAAGGAGCAAGUAACACUUGUCCUGAAGCUGGGCUUGCUCUGUUCGCAUCCGGUUGCAGCCACUAGACCGAGCAUGUCGAGUGUUAUCCAGUUCUUGGACGGUGUAGCUCAACUACCUACCAACUUGCUUGACAUUGUGAAAGCUCGAGAAAUCGUUGGAACUACUCAAUUUUCUGGUGAAACAGCCGAGUCACUUGCUCAGCCCAGUUCGGUUGCUACCUUGACGUUUACCGAACCAUUUGUCUCGCAUGGGCGCUAA